AGAAACCCUAGUCGUCGGCAGGUAAGAAUGGAGCCGGGAGGGCAAAAACGUCAUUACGGAAGAGCACACGGCAAUUGCAUGACCGGACAAUUCCAAACCCACGCUCCUCGUCAUCGGCCCAUUCACCCCGUGCGUCUUCUCCCUCUAAUUUUCCGCCUAAAAUAAGCCCAAACCAUUUGUUGUUUAAUUUCACAGACAAAAACAUUCACCAAAAAAUUCAAAUUCAAAUCCAAUCCAAUCAAAUCAAUCAUCGCUAACCCACAGACGUUACGUGACGCAGUUACCAAUGACAUUUCGGCCGAAUUCGCGUGACCGUCGUUCUCACGCGCUCCCCCCCGCCGAUGCCGAUACCCCCUCACCAGUCGGCCCUAUCCCUCUCCUUUUUACCCCAAACCAAUUCCAUAUCAUCAUCUCUCCCCUUCCCCUCCCGCCGCCUCUCCUUUUCCGAUUCCUUCCUCUCUCAGAUCUCGACGCUCAAUUGGAUUUGCUAGCCUCGUCUACCCAUGGGCGAUUUGACGGAAUCUUCCACUCCUCAGCCGCCGCGCCAGGGCCCAUUCCGCGAGGACUGCUGGACGGAGGAGGCCACUUCCACGCUCGUUGAUACCUGGGGGCAGCGUUACCUCGAGCUCAACCGAGGUAACCUCCGCCAGAAGGAUUGGCAGGAGGUGGCCAAUGCGGUCAACGCGCUCCACGGCCAUACGAAGAAGACGCGCCGCACCGAUGUGCAGUGUAAGAACCGGAUCGAUACUCUGAAGAAGAAGUACAAGACCGAGAGGACCAGGAUCGCUGAAUCUAACGGAGCCCUAACGUCGUCCUGGCCGUUUUUCUCCACUCUGGACCACUUGAUCGGAUCUAAUUUCAACAAGCACCUGCAGAGUAAGGUGAUCACCUCCGCCGUUCCGAUUUCGUCGGCUCAAUCUUCGCCGCCGUUGUCUCUUCCUGCUCCGCCGCUGGCUGUGCCGUUAUCCUAUCGCAAACCGAUGUCUCCUGCAAUGGUGACGCCGAUUAGUCUGCAAAAGCGUCCGAUGCUGUCUCCGGCUAUGGACAAAUCGUUCUUUAGGAAAAACUACUCAGCAAUGGCUGCUGCAGCUGCUGCAGCUGACGAUGAAGCUGAUGAUGAGGAUGAGUUGGAGGGUGAUGAGGUGGAGGGCAGCGAGGAUGGUGCUGAAGAGGAGGAAGAGGUAGGGCAAGAAGGGACGAGGAGACUGGCCAAGGCUAUAGAGAAGUUUGGGGAAAUUUUUGAGAAGGUAGAGGGUAUGAAGCAGAGACAGCUGGUGGAGUUGGAAAAGCAAAGGAUGCAGUUUGCUAAAGAUUUGGAGGUUCAAAGGAUGCAGUUGUUUAUGGAUACACAGGUCCAGUUAGAGAAGGUCAAGCGGGCAAAACGACCUGGAUCUUCUGAUGAUAUGUAUAGCUAGUGCGGACUGAGUUGUUGUGCAAUCCUUGGCAGGGUUGAGCGCUGAGCAGCUGAACAAUAUGGUAUUUCUUCUUGUUGAUGGCUGAAGAAGAUUCUUUAGUCGGGAAAGGAAUUGAGUAGCUAAUUUUUAAGUAGAAGAGAGAUUCAUGUCAAUGUUAGGGUUCCUUAUGAUUAAUCUACUAUUGUCUGCCCCAUAUGUUUGGCCUGUUUAGGAUCAUUAAUUUUUAUUCUUCUGAGUGGAUAUAGAGGAAUUUUUAGUGUUUGAAUAUGUAUAAUCCUUCGCAUCUGUUGAUGUACCUUCUAUGAUGAAUUGUUAAUGUAGUAGGAUUAUGUUUUCAAUAUAUGAAGUUUCUGGUAA